AUGGAGCCACAAAUAAUAAAGAGCAAGCCACUUUCAAAAGAUGAAAGCAAAGCCUUACUCGAACUUACUGAAAUGAGCAAAAUUAUAAUAUCUAAAGCCACAAACGCCAGCAGCAAUAAAAUGAAAGACAAAGAGUGGGUACGAAUAGCCGAGCAGUUUAAUGCUACAGCAACAAGUUGUCGUCGGACACCACAACAGCUUCGGCUGAAAUGGAAGAAUUUAAAGAAGAAUGCACGUAAACGUUGCACUAAAAUAAGAAUGAACAGCAUAAACGGAACCCGAGCACUUUUUGUAGUGAUUAGUGAUGGUGGUGGUAUCGUGCCAAAUGGAAAUGGUGUAGAGGAAUUAGGUGGUGAUGCUAGGGUCAAUCUAGAAAUCCUAGAGUUUCAGGACACACCAGUGCCAGAUCCGCAAAAGGAAAUGGUUGUGACCCCUACUUCUCCACAUUCAGCAAUGGCUCAGGUUAACACCAAUGCUGUUGCUGAACAAAAUAAAGUUUCGGAUACACCACGGAGAGUAACAUUCAAUGUUCCUAAAACAGGUAAAAGGAAAUUGCAGGGUGAUGGGUCCAAAUCUGCUAGAGACAGUGCCAUUGCAGAAUAUUAUACAUUUAAAAAACUGUGCCUGGAGUCAAAAUUAGAAAAUAAAAAACUUAAAUUAGAAAAUGAAAAACUUCUAUUAGAAAUAGAAAAUUUUAAGAAAUAG